AGAUAUAAUAAUCACACAGUUUGAAGCUGCAUACAGAGAGAUCAGACUCAGGACAGAAACACGACCUCUGAAAAAUGGAUCAAACUCUAUAUCUCAUUCUUCUUCUCAUUGCUCUCUGCUCUGUAUCUGAAUGUGUUCAGCGUCAGUAUCACUUUAUAAAUGAGAACAAGACCUGGACUGAAGCUCAGAGAUACUGCAGAGAGAAAUACACAGAUCUGGCCACCACUGACAACAUGAACGACAUGAAGGAGCUGAACAAGAGUGUGACUGAUAGAAGUCUUCAGUAUGUCUGGAUUGGGCUGCAGAAGACGGCUCGUGAUGAAUGGCAGUGGUCUUCAGGUGAACCUGCGCUCGAUCUGAACUGGGGAGAUAAACAACCAGAAGGCAGAGAUGAUUGUGCUAUGAUGACAAAUGGACGAUGGCAUGAUUUGCCAUGUACUGAUAACCAAUAUUUCAUCUGCAACAACACGAACACAGGACUUGUCUUUGUCAAUCAGACGAUGAAUUGGAGAGAUGCUCAGAGUUACUGCAGACAGAAUCACACUGAUCUGGUCAGUGUGAGGAACCAGAAUGAGAAUCAACAGAUUCAGAAGUUCAUCAGUGAUAAUAAUUUAUCUGGAUCAUGGAUCUGGAUCGGUCUGUUCAGAGACUCAUGGCAGUGGUCAGAUCAGAGUAACUCCUCAUUUAGAUACUGGAACAAUGGUGAACCUAAUAAUGCUGGAAGUGAUGAAAACUGUAUCGUGAUAAAACCAGACACUCAGGGACAAUGGAAUGACAUCCGUUGCAUCAACCAGUAUCCUUUUGUGUGUCAUGAAGAUAAACUGAUUCUGAUCAAGGAGAAUCUGACGUGGUCUGAAGCUCUGAGAUACUGCAGACAGAAUCAUGUGGAUCUGGUCUCAGUUCAAUCAGAAGAGAUGCAGCGUGAGGUGAUGAACGUGAUUAAACGAGCGUCUACUGCGGAGGUGUGGUUGGGUUUACACAACUACUGCGUCAUGAACAUGUGGCUCUGGCUGAGUGGAGAGGUCGUGUGCUAUCAGAACUGGGCUCCAGGGAACAGAACGACACCCGAAAUCUGCAAACUGGAGAACAGAAAAGGAGCAGUUCAGUCUGGAGGAGAUCAGCACUGGAUCAGCCUUCCUGAAUCUCACAAACUCAACUUCAUCUGCAGCAGAUAUUAA